AUGUAGAGGCGAGAGUGGAGGAAGCGGAGGGGGAGAGAGAGCUCUGCCAUCCUUUUGGACUUCACGCGCUGCCCAAUGUUGGGCUGGUUACCCCUGGAUAUGUUGCUGGUUUCCAUUUGGAAUUUGACGAAGGGAAGAAGGAGGAUAUAAAACCUGGGGAGCUCGGCAAGGUGUUGUUUAUGGCCACAGGAGGGAGCUCAAAUCCAGACAUGGGAGGAUCGCCUUGAUUUCGGAUCCCGAGCCUCUUAAACUCUGCUUUUCCUCUAAGCUGGUCCCUGUUAUGUCCAGGAUCUGGCACCUGCUUGACAUUUACUUUGAGUUCCAGAGGACCAGAGACCUAGGAUGAGGAGCAUUGGAUCCGCCCUGAACCUGCUUUUGGUAUCUCCACUCUACUUUGUGUGGACCGUGGUCGCUCUGGACCUGGCACAAACUCCCUGCACCACUUUGGUCCAAGGGAAAUUCUUUGGGUAUUUCUCCUCCUUCGCCGUCUUCCCGUUGAACUCCUCUCUGUGCUCUUGGAUUAUCCAGAACCCCGACCCUCGCAGGUACACUUUGUACAUGAAGAUCCUCAAACCCUCCGGGGCGUGCGACCACCAGCACAUCCGCACCUACCAGUUCGACUCCUUCCUGGAGUCCACCCGCACCUACCUGGGCAUGGAGAGCUUCGACGAUGUGCUGAAGCUCUGCGAUGGCUCCACGCGCUUCGCCUUCCUCCAGUCCAACAAACAGUUCCUGCAGAUGAAGCAGACGGCGCCGCCGGGCGUGGACACCUGGCCCAUGCGGUGGAAGCCCACCAAGGCUCAGGAGAGGGACUUCUCGGUGGAGUAUCUGGUGGUGGGCAACAGGAACCCCAGCAAAGCCGCCUGCCAGAUGCUCUGCAAGUGGCUGGAUGCCUGCCUGGCCAUCAGCAGCAGCUCCCACCCGUGUGGCAUCAUGCAGACCCCCUGCUCCUGCUCGGGAGGGGAGCUCCUGGAUCAGGCCAGCGAGAUCCUGGGCUUCACCAGGAAGAAGGAGGAUUGCUACAAGGAUGGGAUUUACCUGGAGAACUGCGUGAGCAGCCCCAAGGACAGCAAUGGAGCCGAGUUCCUGGGUGGUUGGAACUCCUGGUCGGCCUGGGGCGACUGCACCAAGGACUGCGGGGGCGGCCUGCAGACCCGCAUGCGCUCCUGCAAGCCCCUUCCCAGCGAGGGCCUGGCCUGCGAGGGAGUGCUGGAGGAGGGACGCCUGUGCAAUAGGAAGGCUUGCAAUACCAAUGGACGCUAUAAUUCCAGAAGCCAAUCGCUGAGGUCCACAGAUAACAGAAAGCGAGAGGACCCUGACGAGCUGCAGCACUACGGGUACCCUGCACCUCAAAUAGGUGACCCUGCAGCAGAGGAGUGGUCCCCGUGGAGCGUGUGCUCGACCACCUGUGGGGAGGGCUGGCAGACCAGGACCAGGUUCUGCGUUUCGUCUUCCUACAGCACCCAGUGCAGCGGCCCUCUCCGGGAGCAGAGGCAGUGCAACAACUCUGCCGUGUGCCCAGUGCACGGCACCUGGGACGAGUGGUCUCCGUGGAGCCUGUGCUCUUCCACCUGUGGGAGAGGCUACAGGGACCGGACCCGCACCUGCAAGCCGCCCCAGUUCGGGGGCAACCCCUGCGAGGGCCCCGAGAAGCAAACCAAGUUCUGCAACAUCGCUCUCUGCCCAGGCCACUCAGUGGACGGGAACUGGAACGAGUGGUCGAGCUGGAGCUCGUGCUCGGCGUCGUGCUCCAACGGGACGCAGCAGCGCACGCGGGAGUGCAACGGGCCCUCCUACGGCGGCGCCGAGUGCCAGGGGCACUGGGUGGAGACCCGGGACUGCUUCCUGCGACAGUGCCCAGUGGAUGGGAAGUGGCAGGCCUGGGGAGUGUGGGGCAGCUGCACGGCCACGUGUGGAGGCGGCACUCAGAGACGUGACCGGGUGUGCUACGGCCCCUUCUUCGGUGGAGAGACUUGCCAGGGUCCCAAGGAGGAGUACAAGCAGUGCAAUGACAGAAAGUGUCCUGAGCCCCACGAAAUCUGUGACGAGGAGAGUCUUGGCCCUGUGGUUUGGAAAGAGACUCCAGCCGGGGAUGCUGCAGCUGUCCGGUGUCCCCGCAAUGCCACGGGGCUGAUCCUUCGAAGAUGCAUCUUAGACGAAGAAGGCAUUGCUUACUGGGAGCCUCCAACGUACAUCAAGUGUGUUUCUAUUGAUUACAGGAACAUACAGAUGAUGACCAGGGAGCACCUUGCCAAAGCUCAGCGUGGGUUGAUGGGAGAUGGGCUGUCAGAUGUGCUCCAGAACCUUGUGGAAAUCUCCCAGGAUGGGACCAGCUACAGUGGGGACCUUCUGUCCACCAUGGACGUACUCAGGAACAUGACAGAGAUCUUCCGUAGGGCUUAUCACAGCCCGACUUCUGGGGAUGUGCAGAACUUCGUCCAGAUCAUCAGCAACAUUUUGUCAGAGGAAAACCGGGAAAAAUGGGAGGAAGCUCAGCUGAUAGGGCCAAAUGCCAAGGAGCUGUUCAGGCUGGUGGAGGAUUUCAUUGAUGUCAUCGGCUUCCGCAUGAAGGAUUUCCGGGAUUCCUACCAAGUCACAGACAACCUGGUCCUUGGCAUUCACAAGCUGCCUGCAAAUGCAGCAACUGACAUCACCUUCCCCAUGAAAGGCUGGAGGGGAAUGGUGGACUGGGCCAAGAACUCGGAGGACAAGGUCACUGUGUCCAAGAGCAUCCUGUCUUCAGGGCUCUCAGUGUUGGACGACUCCUCUGUCUUCGUGGUUGGGACCGUGCUGUACAGGAACGUGGGCAACAUCCUCUCCCUGCAGAGGAAUAGCACCGUUCUGAACUCCAGAGUCAUCUCUGUGACUGUGAAGCCAUUGCCUCGGUCCCUCCUCACCCCUCUGGAAAUCGAAUUCUCCCACCUGUACAAUGGAACCACCAACCAGACCUGCAUCCUGUGGGAUGAAAAUGAUGGGUGA